GAGCCAACCUCAAGUUUUCAACUAACUUAAACCUUAAAUAUAAGUUUCCAAAAUUCUCCCAAUCUUUUUCCUUUCCACAUUUCCAACUCGCCGGAGAACCUGAGCACCGUCCGUACCGUAAAUUCUCCGACACCCGGCGGCUAAUCUCACAAAGUUCUCCACUUUCUCCACGUUACCUCGAUCGAUUAUGGCGACACCUGAGUCGAUGUUGUUUUCUUCGUCUGAUUCGUAACGGUUUGUUUUUUCUUUUUUCCGACUUUGAAUCUGAAUCCAGUCAAAAUCCAUGGCGGCGAGGAAUCAAACCUCGUCGUUCGGGAAUUUUAGGGAUGCUUCGAAGAUCUUCCAAGCUCCGACGAGUUCAUCGGCUUCUACAAGCUCCGGCGGUGGCGGACCGGCGAUUGGGUUGACGAAUACGUCGCUCCUGAAUCCGAAUCGGUCUUAUGCUCCGCUCAGUACUGACGAUCCCGGUAAUUCAAGUAGGGGUGCGUUCACUGUUGAUCCAUCUCCAACUUGGGUGGAUGUAUCUGAUGAAAUAUCAGCAAAUGUGCAACAUGCGCAUGUGAAAGUGUCUGAGCUAACAAAAGCCCAUGAAAAGGCCUUAAUGCCAUGUUUUAGAGGUGGAAGAAAAGAUAAACACUUAAUUGAAGCCCUUACACAAGAGAUAAUUGGUUUGAUAAGGAAAACAGAGAAAAGACUACAAAGACUUUCUGCAGCUGGGUCAUCUGAAGAUUCGAAUGUCAGAAAAAAUGUGCAGCGUUCUCUUGCAACCGACCUCAAGAAUCUCUCAGUGGAGCUAAGAGAGAAACUGUCUGCUUAUUUAGAGGGCCUCAGGUGGCAAAAAGAGGGUGAUGAAGUAUAUAUAGAUAUGAAUCUUAAUGGAAGUAGAUCUAGAGUGGAAGAUGAAGAUUUGGAUAACAUGGUGUUUGAUGAGCACCAGCUUGCAAAACUUAAAAACAGUGAGGCAUUCUCAGUAGAAAGAAAGCAAGAGAUCCAACAGGUUGUAGAAUCUGUAAAUGAGCUUUCUCAGAUUAUGAAGGAUCUGUCAGUACUUGUGAUAGAACAGGGUACUGUUGGGGAUAGGAUAGACUACACACAGAAUGCUGCAACAACAGUUGAGGAGGGCCCCAAGCAACUAAAAAAGAUGGUUAGAGGUGGGAAGUUGAGUAGCAAACAUAAAUUAAGAAAGAGAGCUAUGUUGAUGGACAAAGGUUCUGAUGAUUCAGAUGAGGAUUAUGUUGUGUCAGAUGAGGAUAAUGAAGUCUCUGGUAAUUCAGAUGAGGAUUAUCCCUUUUUAGUGGAUGAAUUUGCAUCAGAAGAUGAUAGUUUUGUUAAGGAAGAAGAGGAGAGGAAAGUGAAAAGAGUGAAUAAGGUUGGCAGAUCAAAAUCCAGAUGCCGCCCUAGAAGAUCUAUUGUAGAAGAGGAAGAUGAGGAAAGAGAAGAAGCCGAAGAAGAAGAAGAAGAAGAAGAAGAAGAAGAGGGUGAUAGUUUUGUUGAGGAAAAGGAGGAAGAAGAGGAAUGGGAAGUGAAAAGAGUCAAUAAGGUUGGCAGAUCAAAAUCCAGAAGCCGCCCCAGAAGACUUAUUGUAGAAGAGGAAGAUGAGGAAAAAGAAGCAGGAGAAGAAGAGGAUGAGAAUGAGAAUGGAGAUUUGGAAGAUGUCAAGACGAGAAUCAGAUCAAAAGUGCAGAGCAACUUUUCUAGCAUGCGAAAAAACGGGGUUAGGCCAUCUCAGAAGAGGAGAUUAGUUGCUUGCAAAGAAGAAGAUGAUGACGACGACGAGGAAUUCACACCCACUAAUGAAGAAGAAGAAGAAGAAGAAGAAGAAGAAGAAGAGGAAGAGGAAGAAGAAGAGGAGGAGGAUGAAGAUGAAGAUGAAGGUAUGGAAGAGGUCAAAAAGAGAACAAGAUCAAAAGUGCAGACCAAUUUCUCAAGUAGGCAAAAAAAUGGGGUUAAACCAUCACAAAAGAGGAGAAGAUUUACUUACAAGGAAGAGAAUGACGAUGAUGACGAUGAUGAGGAAUUCACACCCAAUAAUGAUGAUGACGAUGAUGACGAGGAAUUCACACCAGAUGAUGAUGAUUGUUCAGAGGAAGAAGAAUCAAAGGUGACAAAGAAGAGGAAGAACCAUGCAAAACCAGUCAAGCGUGUAUUGCGGAAGAAGGUUUCUUUAAAGGGUAAGAAAAGGAGGAAAUCCAUGGUUUCAAAAAGGCCAUUAAGAAGGAAGGUAAAAAAGAAACGUGGAAUUAAAAGGAAUGUAAGAUGUGAUGAUGACGACGAAGGAGAUUUUGAAGAUUAUGACAUGGUUUUGAGAGAGAAAAGUGCAAUAAAAAAGGGUCGGAAAAGGAGGCGUUCUGUCUGUCACUCAGAUUCAGAUUUUGCAUCCUCUCGUUCUUCUGAAUACGAGUACACCAUAUCCGAGGAAGAGAGAGAGCAAGUGAGAGAAGCUAGGGAGUUUUGUGUAAAAAAUAACUUGAGAAGCUCACCUUUGAUCGUGAGUGAUAAAAUUGUGGAGAAUGUGGUUCUGCCAUUGGAAAGAAAAUCUACUGGAAGGAAGGGUAAGGAAAAGGUAGAGGAAAUAAAAGUAGAAGUCCUAAAACAGGUAUGUGGAAUUUGCCUUACAGAGGAAGAUAAAAGAAAAGUGAGGGGAACCCUUAAUUGCUGCACUCAUUAUUUCUGUUUUACCUGCAUCGUCGAAUGGGCAAAAGUGGAAUCCCGUUGUCCUUUGUGCAAGCAGAGGUUUAGUACAAUUAGUAAGCCUGCAAGAUUUGCAGCAGGAGUUGAUUUGAGAGAGGUGGUGAUAACAGUACCUGAACGUGAUCAGGUAUAUCAACCGUCUGAGGAAGAACUCAGGAGCUAUCUCGAUCCCUAUGAGAAUGUGAUAUGUACUGAAUGCCAUGAAGGUGGGGAUGAUGAACUCAUGUUAUUGUGUGAUCUCUGCGAUUCACCAGCGCACACCUAUUGUGUCGGCCUUAAGAGGGAAGUACCUGAAGGUAAUUGGUAUUGUGAAGGUUGUCGAGCUGUUGGUCUUGGAUCCUCAAGUUCCCUUGCCCAGACUCGUUUUUCGGAUCAGUUAGCAGCAGCCACACCCAUUGCAAAUUAUAGUAAUGAAAGCUUGGACCUUAAUUCAGUUUCUCCACUCUCCCGAAAUGGGGCACCAACAGUAUCAGGAAGAAGGAAUUUUCAUCGUAACCAACACCAUAUCCAAAACCGUAUGCGCUUUUUGCGUUCUGAGAAUAGGGCUGAAGGGAACUCGGGUGCUGAUGUGGUCGUUGAUCUUAAUUCUCCAGUUGAUACAGGAAGGUUACCAACAAUUCAACUUGCAAAUACACAAGACAUGGAAGUACCAUACCACCAUCCAUUCACUCAGGAAACAUUAUGUGAAAGUUCUUCACAUACAGUGCAAAAUACUUAUCUUCCAUCUUCAAUAAUAAGCCAAUCAAGAAGGCAAACGGGGCACGAACCAACUUUUGUCAAUGGGACGUUGUGGCCAGGACUUGCAGAGAGGAAUUCACUAUCAGAUUAUGAGCAGUUCCAACAGUGCAGCAAUAGACUAAACGAUAGUUAUGUCAGAGAGGAUGAUGAUCUUCAAAAUGCAAAGGAACAGCUGAAGUCAAUGGUCAAAAACCAUUUAAAGAACUUGUCACGGGACAAUAAUUUAGCCCAAGGUACGUUUAAUGACAUAGCUUGGAGUUCAACAAACACCAUUUUAGCAGCAUGCGAGCUCGAGAACAGGAGGAGCAAUGAAGCUGUUGCUAUGCCCCCACCACCAACCUGUGAACACAUAUUAAUGGCAGGUGGCAAAGCAAGUCUAAUGAGAGGUUGCUGCUUCACAUGUUUCGAUUCUUUCGUAGCCGACGUAGUACAGAAGAAACUGGAUAAAAAAUUGUCUGAAUGGUUAAGUUUAACUCUUUAAAAUUUGAUGGAAUGGGGUGGGUGGGGUGUCCUUUUUGGACAUUAUUAUUUUUUUCUUCUUUGGUGGUUUAUACAAUAAUUUAUUAACUCUUGUUUAUAGAAUUAAUUCCCUCACUCACAUUGAACAUGAAUAUAUCCCUAUUCUUAAUGGGACCAAGUCCUGUAAUUGUUUAGGUAGGAUGAAUGAAUUAUUAUACCUUUUAUUUAAACUUGUUAAAUAUUUCAUAACCUACCUUGUACACA